AUGAAACUGUUCAGGGUAUUGAUAUUAAUUUACAUUAUUAGUGUUAAAAGUACACACGUGAAGUGGUGCAAAUAUCGAUAUGAACUUCUGUGUGUUGGUUUGGAUGACGAGUGUUCGUCCAAUUUUGAAUGGAGUCUUUCAAGUGAUGAAAUUGAGUUACCACAAGUAAAUGACAAUUUUUCAGUGAAGUGUUUUAAAGAGACAGAACUGACUCUUUCAAUAAAUUUCAAAGUAAAACAAACACUAUUUUUUACUUUAGAAAACACUUUUUACAAAUUUUUGAAAAUCAAAAAUUACUUUGAAAACAUCACAAAUUUAUUUAAAAAAAAUUCACACAAUUCCAGUCAAUCAUUUAAUAACAACAAAAAUUCAAAUAACACAAAAGAAACUUUAAAAGGCUCCUGUACCAAUUGUGCAAUUUGUAGUGGUACAACAUGCACUAAAUGCAAUGAUGGGUAUUACUUAUCUUCAGGCUCUUGUAGUUCGUGUAGUUAUAGGUGCGUCACAUGUUUUGGUUCUUCAUAUACCCAGUGUUAUUCAUGUAAAAAUGGGUAUUAUUUAAAAGAUCCCAAUUACUGUUAUUCAUGUUCAUCUCCUUGUAAUUAUUGUACUACUGCCACAAGUUGUGUUACUUGUAAUCAAUAUUACUAUCUAUCAGGAACUUCAUGUCUUUCUUGUUAUUCUUCGUGUAGUUAUUGCAGUGGACCAAAUUCAAAUCAAUGUACCUCAUGUAGAUUACAUUAUUACUAUUCAAGUGGAAGUUGUAUUGCGUGUCAUUCUUCAUGUAAUACUUGCUCGAGUUAUUCAUCAUCGAGUUGCAAAACAUGCUAUUCAAAAUAUUAUCUGUCAAAUUCUCAGUGCUAUGCAUGUAGUGCAGAUUGUUAUAAUUGCAACGGUCCAACACGCCUAAAUUGCACAAGUUGUAAUUCCCAUUACUAUUUAUCAAAUAAAGAGUGUUUUCUAUGUCACUCGGAGUGUUACAGUUGCGAUGGUCCUUAUCGAACAAAUUGUACAUCUUGUUAUAAUGGAUAUUAUUUUUAUUACUCAUCAACUUAUAAUAGAACUUGCAUUCCUUGUAUGGAUGGUUGUGCGCAUUGUCCAGACUCAACGUAUUGUUUUGAAUGUUCAAUGGGCUAUUUUCGAUAUGAUUAUAAUAUUUGCCUAAAAUGUUCAGAAGGAUGUCUCGAUUGUCGAGAAAUGGAUUAUUGUUAUCAAUGUGUUAAUGGAUAUUACUCUUAUUAUAACAACACUGGUAGUUAUUGUAAGAAAUGUGCGCCAGAGUGCCUUACAUGUUAUGGCCCAAACAAUAAUACGUGUUACUCGUGUGCUGAAAAAUAUUAUUUACAGUCUAAUAAAUGUCUCCAAUGUGAUUCGACGUGUUACAAUUGCACGGGAUUAGCUACAAAUUGCACAUCAUGUGUAGAAGGGGAAAGGUAUUAUUUCAAUGGAGUUUGUAAUAUAUGUGAAAAUUGUAAGACAGGAAAAUGUUAUUCAUAUCCCAUUAUGUGUUCACAAUGUGAUGAUGGGUAUUAUUCACUCAAUGGAAUUUGUGUUUUAUGUCAUUCAAAUUGUUUAACAUGUGAUACUCAAUCCACAAAUUGUACAUCGUGUUAUGAUGGAACUUAUUUGUAUGAUAACAAGUGUUUACCUUGUGAUACAUCAUGCACAACUAAUUAUUGUGAUACUUUUAAUGGAUGUACACUAUGUAAACCAAAUUAUUUUCCCAAGAACAAAACGUGUCAUUUAUGUAAUGAAAUAAACAACUGUAACACAUGUAGUCAACUUUCAGAAAUUUGUACAAAGUGUAAUGGCGAAUUUUUAACACAAAAUGGUAAGUGUGUAUGUCCUGCUCAUAAAUAUCAAAGUGAAAUAAGCAAAUGCGACUAUUGUUAUAACAAAAUUGAUAAUUGUAAGAUGUGUACAUAUUCGGGAGAUAAAGUAACGUGUUUGGAGUGUUAUCCGCCUUAUAUGGCAUCAAAUGGUAUAUGUAUUUUGUGUAAUGACUAUUAUUAUUAUAAUCAAACAACUAAAAUGUGUUUACAAGAUAACAAUGGUUGUAACACACAACUUGAUAACACUAAGUGUUUAAAAUGUAAUGACAACUAUUAUUUAAAUAAAGGUAAGUGUAUACCACAAAAUUCUAAAUGUGUGAGUAACUCGAAAAUAUCAUGUGAAGAAUGUAAUAAUGGAUUUUCUAUUAUAGGUGAGUGUUAUAGUUACAUGCAAUCGUGCAAAUACUUUAAUAACAAUAACAUGCAAAGUACUUGUUUUAAUUGUGAUGAUAAUUACGAAUAUAACAACAAGUGUGUGUUACAAAAUAAUGUCAAUUCGUAUACUAGAAAUAAUGCAAAAUUCAAAUGUAAUGAUAAUGAAUAUGUUAAUGAUAACAAUAAAUGUUCUCUAUGUUAUCAAUACAACCAAAACACCGCAAAGUGCAUUUUAAGUCAACAGACUGUGGUAUCACUAACUUGUGACAAAAAUGGAGUUAUUAAUUUGAAUUCAAAAGUGUGUAAUAAUUACAUUAAUUGUAUUCAAAAUGAACAAAGUGACUGUGUUAAAUGUUCUGAAGAUACAAAUUACAUUUUAAAAGACAAUUCCUGUACAAAACAUGUUAUUGAAAAUUGCGUAUUAUAUAACAAAAAUGUGUGUAUAAAGUGCGAAAAUAAUUAUUUAAUUAACAACAAUGUCUGUGUCAGAAUGGAACAACUUUACUGCAAACGGUCUCAUGGAGUAUCAUGUGAAGAGUGUAUACCUUCUUAUUAUAAAAGCAAUACAGAAAAUAGUGAUUAUUGCUUACCAUCAACAUUUAGAGAGAAAUAUCUCAUAUUGACAUCAAAUGCAAUUAAAACGAUUUACGAAUGUCAAAGUACAUAUGGUCUUUACGACAAUAGUUGCACUUUAGUUAGAACUUUUAAAUUAAAUAACCAAUUUAAUAAAGACUUAAAAACUUCAAACAAAUUAGUUAUAGAUGAAUAUGAUAAAAAAAAUCAAAACAGUUAUAAAUAUAUGAAAAAUGAUGCUCUUACAGAUUGCGAAAUAAUGACAACUAAAGGAUGUGUAAAAUGCAACGAAAAGUUUUAUUUAUCAAACAACAAGUGUCUUCCAUGUAAAGGGAAAUGUGUGACGUGUUAUAAUUCGACGUACUGCCUUUCAUGUUCGACUGAUUUGUAUUUUUUGAAUGUCAAUAAUGAGUGUGAGUUAGCCAGUGAUUUACGCUCACGAUGUCAAAAUUCGAUGCCAAAUGAUGUUGGAUGUGCCAUAUGUAAAAAUGGGUAUUUUAAAGACAAGAACGAUUGUGUCAAAUGUGAUCCAUCGUGUGCCACAUGCACUGAAAUUUCAAAGUGUUUGACAUGUAUUGAUAACUCCUUUUUGACACCAAGUGAGUCGUAUUUAUGUCAGUCUUUUGAUGGUUUAACGAAUUGUAUAGACAAAACAAAGAGUGGGUGUAAAUCGUGUGCUGACGGGUAUUACUUGAAUUUGGCAAAUAACAGGUGUUAUCAAUGCAACAGUGAGUGCCAAUUAUGCACAUCUGAUGUGUCGUGUACACUCUGUAAAGACAAUUACAUAUUAAAAAAUGAACGUUGUGAAAACAUCACAACAGUGCAAUUUUGUGUGAAGGCCUUACAUAAUUAUUGCACACAAUGUGAAAAUAACAAGAAAUUGAGUGAAGAUGGGUUGUCCUGUGUCGAUGACAAAAAGUUGUUUUUGAAAGUUGGAGUGCCAAUUUUGGUUAUCUUCUUUGUCAUCAUAUUUGGCACCAUUUCAGUGAUUUUAUUACAAAAGACGAAAAAAGAAGAAGCCAAAGUCUGUAUUUUUGACAUGAAAAAAUCAAAUGUGACGUUCACAAAUAUUUCAACGAAGAUUUGUAGUAACAAAAAGGUUCUUGAAUUUACUGGAGAGAGUGACACAGACAUCGAUGUCAAUGUAGAGAGUCGUGAAUUGCUGUGUAUUGGUAACAAAGGGAAAACGCCAAUUAAAAUUCAAUUUACUGUGAAGGAGGGGUGCGACCAAUAUUCUAUUAGAACAGAACCUAAAUUGGUGACACUCAAAAAGAACUUUGCAUGUGAAUUUGAAGUGUUUAUAACACCAAAUUUCUCGUCUAAAAUUGAAGAUGAAGUUGCAUGUGUGUGUCUUGAUGUGAACGAAGGGAAAGAAGAAGUCAUUCUAAUCAAAAUACGAGCAAGCACAAAGCCAUCGACACGACUGGAUUAUCACGAAUUGAUUGAAGAUAAGAAAAUAGGAGAAGGCACGUUUGGAACAGUUUAUAAAGGAACUUAUAGAGGAAAUCUGGUUGCUAUAAAACGAAUGAAAUUUUCUGUAGAAAAUUGCGACUCAACCAAAAUAGGAGGAACAGCAAAUUACACAAAUUUAAAUAACAAAACUAAUGGAAUGAAUAAUUUAAAUACACAACAAACUAAUUCUGGAACAGCGACACAGGAAAGUACAAAUUAUAACACAAAUGACACUUCAAAAAAUACCACAAAAAACAAUACAAACUUUUCAAUGACAGAAAAUGACGAACAACGUUUUGAAGACUUUGCAAAUGAAGUUUCUAUGUUAGAUAAAUUUAGAAGUGAAUAUAUUGUACAUUUCUAUGGCGCUGUAUUCGUACCAAGUAAAAUUUGUAUGGUCACCGAAUUUGCUCAAUUUGGGUCUUUACAUGAUUUGAUGAAACACAAAAAGAGUGAUGAAGUUGAUAUAAACGUGCGAAUUAAAAUAUUAAUAGACUCUUCAAAGGGAAUUGAAUAUUUACAUACAAAUGGAAUAUUACACAGAGAUAUUAAGCCAGACAAUAUCUUAGUCUUUUCGUUGGAUAUCACAGAAAAAGUAAUUGCUAAGUUAACUGACUUUGGAAGUUCGAGAAACGUCAACUUGUUACAGACGAAUAUGACAUUUACUAAAGGUAUUGGUACACCUACUUAUAUGGCACCCGAAAUAUUAAAACAAGAGAAAUAUAAAAAGAGUGCCGAUAUUUAUUCGUUCGGAGUGAUGAUGUAUGAGUGUCUCGGGUGGUGUAAUGCAUACCCAAAAACAUUCUUUAAAUUUCCAUGGAAAAUUGCGGAAUUCGUAACAUCGGGAAAACGUCUAGAAAAGCAAGAUAACAUGCCAACUCAACUUUUUGAUAUUAUUGAAAAGUGUUGGAAACAUAAUCAAAUCGAAAGGAUCACAUCUUCUAAAUUAGUCUGUGAAUUGGAAAAGCAACGCAUUCAAUAA